AAUUUAGUACCGGCAUAGCGGCCUCGUCAGUGCCCCACCACCUCGAUUGGGCCCGUUGAACCACUCCAAUGCGUUUGACACCAAAGAAACCGUUUCAAUCUGUCAACCACAUAGUUCCUAAACCUACCUUACAAUCACCCCCUUUUCAAAAGCCAUAUGGCUUCUGCCAAGCUGAGCAGUUUGCCAGCUUUGAGAAAACAACACCUUCUCGCUGAAUUUGCUGGGCUCAAGCAGGCAUGUCCUGAUGGCAUAUUCGUCAGCCUGACACCAGGAGACCCGACUCUGUGGUCUGGCGUCAUCUUUGUACGAGAUGGGCCAUAUGCGCCCGCAGUUCUACGCUUCCAGAUAUCCUAUCCUGAUGCAUAUCCCAGACUUCCACCCUUGGUCACCUUCGCCACUGACAUGUUUCAUCCGCUCAUCACUCCCCUGACAACCUAUAUGUACACAACCGACAUUCAAGACAACGGCACGGUAAGUGCAACGGACGAAGAGCGCCUUCCUCCCGGCGGUUUUAGCCUGCGCCAUGGGUUUUCUGAAUGGUUUGGACGCCGCGCAAGGAACAUAGCCGCGCAGUCGCAGCCCGUCCAGACGCCUCCUCGUCAAGCAGCAGCUGCCUCAGUGGCUAGCAGCGGCAAGUCAAGUUCUAAAAACUCCGCAAUCGGUGACUCCCCUGGCUUUGCCGACACAAAAAAGAGAGAGAUAUCCACAUUUGAAGUGCUCAGGUAUAUCCGGAGCACCUUCGAUGAUGAAGAUGUCCUUGACUCUCUUCCACUGGAGGCAGCUGGUAACCCUGGAGCAUGGCAUGCAUGGCGUGCUCAUAGGCAGGACAACGGCAAGGUGUUUACAGGCGCUAGCGAUGGCGAUGGUGACAUGGCCCCUCUGCCAUCAGCUCCUAUAAGAAACCCUGGAGAGUGGAACUGGGAAGGUGUAUGGGAGGAGAGGGUGAAGAAAGGUAUUGCAGCGAGCUUGUCAGAACCAGUACUAUAUGGGAGCACAGGCGGUUCCGAAGAUGUGAUCCGUUUCCUAAGUAUGGAAGAUAAUGAUGUUGAAGCUGUAAAGGACAAUCUCCUAAGGACACUAGCUCAUUCCGCGUAAGAAGACAUCCUGCUGCACCACUCUUUCGCAUGUUUGGUCCAGUUUGUGUUGUAGUGCCGCCUCGCCCAUAUUCGUAGUGCUAUUCGCAGCGA